UUGUUGUCUGGAGCAAAACGCGGGGAGCCUCCUGUGGGCUGUGUAGUGGCGUAGUGUGUGGCUGUGGUGUUUGCGACUUCGCGUUUGUGUCCCCUUGCUGAGUGCCUCAGUGAUGUAUUAUCUACGACACAAGGAGAUAGUACCAGGAAUUACAUUGCGUGGCUCCACCUGAACGACAAACUUUGAGAAUGUGUGUUCAGAGACGCUGGCCCUCGUUGAAAUGGCACGCGUUUUCUGUUUGUUCUUGUAUUAUAGUUUGGCUCUGAAUUAGGACCUUCGUUCAUGUGGUUUCACUUCAGCAUGUCCUUACCGUCCUGUUGAUCUUUAUAGCUUUUGAUGUGGUUAGGAAGUCAUACGGUGAACACAGGGUUUGCAUCGAGAUACACAGUGAUACGCUUCGUAUCUGUGAUCAGUGAUCGAGACCAGUGAUACGCAGUUAUCUGCAGAUGGGGAAUACCGUCCAUUCGGUCGCAGCAGCUUCCAGCUUAGGUCUUACGCGAAAUCCAUCAUAGCAUAAACCCACGGAAGAGUGUUGUAUGGGAAGUCUUUGAACUUUACUAUAGCUACAAUAACGUUGUUUGGUGUAACGCGUGAAGCAGCUGUUUUGUAACUAUACGAGUAUUAAACGAGUAGGAAAUAGAGCAACGCAGCGACCCCUUCUAUGUCGUUCAGUGGAGUACACCUGUGCAAAGGGCUUCUACUGUGCCAGCUUAAGUGACCCACAAUAUUGCUCCUUAUUUUAGCAACUCCGUUGUUAGUCGCUUCCUGGUGAGAGUGAACUGUGGUCGCAUUGUGCACCUCGUAGGGCUGGACGCCAAAUUAUAUCCACUGGCCCAGCAUUCGUUCCAGCGUUUUCAACCUGUGCGAUCGCGCAGCCGCUGUUUUCCCAACGUGCCUUGUCGCACUUCUUGAUCUUUAUCGUGUUAGCAGCAGGUUCACGUGCCUUAUCAGAGGUUUUCGAUCAUCAUAGAUAACCUGGGGAUUUCUGUCAGUCGCUAGCGCGCGAGCUGUGUUGACGUUGGUCAGUAGCUGGUAUAUUAUACGCGACGUUUUGGUGUUUGGAAAGUGCCUGUUCGCAGUUUCGUCCUGUCCGGUCGUCCGCGUCCUUGUACCCCACUCCCCGCAUUUCACGCUGCCAUUAUUCGACACUAAAGUUCCAUGGCUAGGCUCACUGGGAUCUCUUGCCACUUCUGGAGGAGUGCCGAAUAUGGCCGAGGACCAGACAGAAAGCAGGCUGGGAUGCUGAUUAUUUGUUUUGUGUGGUCUGCCAUUGCAUCGAAGAACGUGAAAGUAGUGCCAAUUCCUGUGUGAGAGAACAGCGUCAGAUUGCUUCGUCGUCGUGUUAUCUGUUUGAUGGUGUUCGCUGACUUUGGAUUAGUGUGGAUUAUGGCCAACCGUGGAUAUACCUCCGUGGGAACAGCGAAGAAAGCUCCCAUGGUGCCCAAACAGAAAAGUAUGGACGAUGUCUUGUCGGAGCUGCAGGGAAACUCGAUGUUUCUCAGCUUCGGCAAGCGUUCCGGAGGUACGGGACGCCGCAUGAACGAAUGCCUCAUCUUGGAGCCCUCCGAAAUGGUGGUGAUUGACUACCCGGACUGCGAGCUGCUGCGUCCAGGGCAGCGGCAGUCGUGUACCACCAUGAACCUGGAACGGCUGUUGGCACUUGAGCCAGAUGAGGUGACUGUCGAAACAAGACAUAGGAUACGCUCAGAUGCUUCGGAUCACAUGCAGCAGCUGGACAGCCAACAGACAGUGCUGCAAAGGGACCUCAAGUCAAAUAGGAGUUCUCGGAGCAGCGACACGUCUUCCGCGUACUCUGGAUCAGAUACAAUGCAGUCCGUGCAGUCAUCUCUAGAAGACAAUGAAGUUGACCUCACUGGGCUCAUGGAGAGCAAUGUCGAUUCUGACGAAGAGGAGGACCUUGCAGAGUCAAUGGAUAGCCUGACAGUGAGGGACACAUAUCGGGAGUGCCUAGAAAAAGAUCCUAAUGACCGCACGGAAGACGACAUAGAAACUCUCCUGGAGUUUAUGCAGCCUUUGCCUGCCUUUGCCAACAUGACGUUGUCAGUACGACGUGAGCUAUGUGCGGUGAUGGUGUUUGCUGUUGUGGAGAAGGCAGGCACUGUGGUGAUGAAUGAUGGAGAGGAGCUGGACUCCUGGUCUGUCAUUGUCAACGGACAGGUAGAGGUAGACCUUCCCGAUGGAAAUAUAAAGGAGCUGGCAAUGGGAGACAGCUUUGGUAUCACGCCUACCAUGGAAAAGAUGCAUCAUCAAGGCACAAUGCGUACCAAAGUGGAUGACUGUCAGUUUGUGUGCAUAGCUCAGGGCGACUACUAUAGGAUACUGCACCGCAGCGAAGAAAACACGUGGAAAGUUGAAGAAAAUGGGCAGGUGGUACUAGUUACGGAACAUCGCUCCCUCGAUGGAGGUAGUCGCGAGGGCCACGUUGUCAUUCGUGGCACUCCAGAACGGUUGUUGUCUCAACUUCUGGAGGAGAACGGGUUAGAUCCUGGCUACAUCGAAGAUUUCCUUCUCACCUACCGAACGUUCAUUCCGAGCUCGACGGUGGUUACCAGCAAGUUGCUUUCUUGGUUCAAGGAUCCAUCUCUCAGAGAUAAGGUCACUCGUGUUGUGCUGCUUUGGGUGAAUAAUCACUUCACAGACUUCGAAACGGACCCAGACAUGAUGGAGUUUCUGGAGUUGUUUGAACAGUGCCUUGAAGCUCAGAAAAUGCACGCCCAGCUGCGCCUUCUGAACCUAGCAUGUGCCACGAAAGCUCGCACAAGAGUGGUGACCUUGGCACGGUCAUCCAGAGAUGAUGUCCUGCCUUUUCAAAUUCUCGGUGGCUAUGAGUCGGGCAACGCCAUCUUUGUUGCUAAAGUAGACAAGACCUCGAAGUCUGAAGAUGGAUGGCUAAAGCGCGGCGACGAAAUACUUGAAGUGAAUGGGCAAAGCUUUGCCACAAUGUCACAUUCGCAGGCAUUGGAGAUACUUAGGAAGGCCACUCAUCUUUCCAUUACUGUUCGUUCCAACCUUCUGGAGUUCAAGGAGAUGCUCAACAACCCGGAAAAGGCGAUGCGUCCCCGUGGUCGGAAAAGCUCUGACAUGUCACGGUACCAACCGGACACAAGAUUGAGGCUGUCGUCGCACUUAGAAUGGGGUGAGGUGGUUGGCUUGCCACUGGGCAUCGGGGGGAUGCCUUUGGGCGUGGGAUGGGGGCCUCCGGGCUCCCCUUCGGCUGUCACUUCACCUCAUACCUGCUCUCACGGAGGAACAGGAGGCACGGCCAACGGCGACCUCCGCAAGGAUGACAAGAAGGGCUUCAUGACGUUGGGCCACCGAGCAAAGUUGAAGAAGGCACUGGCAAAGAUGAACAUUAUUCCCAAAACACUCAACAGUGAAUCUCACCUGAACAGCUCCGACGACAGCCUAUACUCGACACACAGCGGGUCAAGUGCCGGGUCUGGCGGACAUGCGCGCACGUCGCGCAGCGGAUCUUCGCCAGCACACAACCACGGCGGAGGACAGCUCUAUCACAGCCACAGCAACCCCGACCUGACGUCCCUGGCUGUGACGCACUACGAUGCUGAUGGCGUGGGAUGCCGGGAUUUUCCCGAGCACGUGCUCAAAGUUUACAAGGCGGACCAGACGUGCAAGUACCUUCUCGUCCACAGGGAAACAACUGCCCGUGAAGUGGUGAUGCUUUCGUUGAGGGAAUUUGGCAUAACGGACUCUAGCAGCCUGUACUCUCUCUGUGAAGUCUCAGUUGGAGAAGGUGGACUCAUCAAGCAACGUCGGCUUCCUGAGCAGAUGCAGAAUCUGGCUGAGAAGAUCGGCCUUAACAGCCGCUAUUACCUCAAAAAUAACUCUUCAACCGACCCACUAGUACCUGACGACAUGGCUUCUGAGCUUCUGCGAGAGAGCCAGGUCAAUUUUCUACAUCUGAACAGCGUUGAGGUGGCAACGCAGUUGACACUGGAAGACUUCAGCAUAUUUCGCCAAAUAGAACCCACAGAGUACAUUGAUGACUUGUUUGAGGUGAAAUCUGCAUACGGCUCACCAAUGCUCACAAUGUUCGAAGAGCUUGUAAAUAGAGAAAUGUUCUGGGUUGUCUCUGAGAUCUGUGGGGAAUCCAACCCAAUCCGAAGGAUGAAGACUGUUAAGCAGUUUGUGAAAGUAGCAAGGCAAUGCAAAGAAUGCAAAAAUUUCAACUCCAUGUUUGCUAUUCUGAGUGGAUUGGGGCAUGGCGCUGUUGCCAGAUUACGAUCCACUUGGGAUAAGCUGCCUUCGAAGUACCAAAAAAUGUUUGAAGACCUACAAGAGCUGAUGGACCCUUCUCGAAACAUGUGUAAAUAUAGGAAUCUCAUCAAUAGUGAACAGAUGCGGCCACCAGUUAUACCUUUCUACCCUAUUGUUCGGAAGGAUCUCACAUUCAUUCAUUACGGGAAUGAUACCAUUGUAGACAAUCUGGUCAACUUUGAGAAGCUCAGGAUGAUUGCCAAAGAGGUUCGGCAACUCAUGAAUAUGUGCUCCGCGCCUUAUGACUUGUACAGCAUGUUGGAAGCAGGGGGAAGCCCUUUAAAUCCUGCAUUGGCAUCUCUGAAUAGCUUUGCAGCAACAGGGAGCGCUCUUGCAGUUGUGAGAGGGAGGAAGCGUAGCACUGCACAGCCAAGCCCCAAGAAAAUGUUUGAGGAAGCACAAAUGGUGCGUCGUGUCAAAGCGUACCUGAGCCGAUUGAGAGUUGUGACGGACGAAAGUCGCCUGCUUGCGAUGUCUGUCGACUGUGAGCCUCAUCCAGUACCACCUGUGCUUCCUGUAGCAGUAAGCCAACAGAUCCCCAGAAGACGUCAUCCAUCACCCAGGAAACGUCAUCCGUCUCCAACGUUGUCCACCGCUAGCAGUAAUAGCAGCACCUCAGAAGGGAAGAAGUCCAUCAACUCUGGUGGGGGGCCCAAGUUUGGCACAGACUCACCUCAAGCCAUGCGCAAGCUUCUUGCCUUGUCUGACCAGAGCAAGAUGCGUCCUCAUCAGCCCUCCAGGCCACAGCCAGCAUCACCUUCUCCUGGACCAGCUAGGAGGAGUUCUGCGGUUCAGCCAGGACACAUACACGGUCACGGGCGCUCGCGUUCGGAUACUGGCUACGCCAACGUUCAGCCUGUUGACCUAUCAGCUGAAAGCUCUAGUGUUACAAGCCUUAAUAACCUGCCGCUGAGGAAGUCCCAUACUUCAGCCUGUUCGGUGACAUCAGCUGACAGUGGUGUGGGGAGCUACCACUCCCCUCACGACAGCGACUCUUGCAGAGGAUCUAUAGGCUAUGACAGCCCUCAGCAAAGGAGGCCAUCGGGCACACUCCCUCCUUCUCCUCCACUUAUGAGGGCUCGCAAGAGCAUGCCGCCUUUCCCCCAUGCUGUCCCUGUUUUGCCCCCAAUUUCACCCGGACAGCUGCAUGGGCCCUUAUCGCCCACGAGCAUUCUGAUGCCUCCGCCGCGUGAUCCCCCACGACCCCGAAGGCCCCCCGACUACAAUGUGGCGGCCCAAAUGGCAAGAAGCCGGCACAUGUACCACUAUGGCAGGGCUCAUAGUCAUGAGGGGGUCACGGGAUGUUACAACAGCGAUGCCACCACUGAUCCCGAGGAGGAUGAUGAAGAAGAAACACAGGUGUCUGCUGUCUGACCUUGAUUGCAUUGAGGGGCUGGUCCUUCACACUCCAUCUCACUAGUCUGGAGCCCUGCUGUGCAACGCAGGGUGUGUUCACGAAAAGCAUGUGUGUUAAUGGCAACAGGAAACACUGUUUUAAGUGCGGUAGAACAAUAGCACUAGAGACUUCAUCCUUUGCUUUUUAUACAUGGCAGAUACAAAGAGAUACCAAAGAUAUAUAGUAUGCUGUACAAAUAGUUUAUAAAUAUGUGAACACAAAUGCCAUCCUCCGCAUAUUGUAUACAUAGUACAUAUUUUAUGAGUGCGACAUCAUUCGGCACAAUGUCAUUGUACAUAGGAGAGCAUCAUAGUUGUGUUGUUCGUCUUUCGGAAGAGUUUGCAGCAGUGCUGCUUGUGUUUAAUCUGUUUUUGUGUAUGCAUUUUUUUUUAAAACCUGCUGGCUCUUUCUCGCUUCUCAAGGUACACACCCUGCUUCCCUCAUCAUUUGAGAGGCAGUUUUCAUGGAACAGUUUCAGAUGGUGUACUAUACAUUAAAAGUAAUAUAAUGCCCUUCAAACUUCUCCAGAGCAUGUUUCAUUUCAUUUUCAUCGCAGGGCUAAUGUAAAAUAGAAAUGUGUGCAUGAGGCACCAAGGCUCCAUGCAAGCAGGGAAACUGUGUUGAACUCGUGAGCGUCCGCAUUAUUUAUGUAAGGUUAAUCUGUCACCCCUGCCUUUGAAGCUUGUUUCUCAGCUGGUCAUAUGCUGUUUCCCUUUGCCACAUUGGUUCAUCAUGUUGGCAUGAUAUUAAGUACUGCAUCAUGUGUAAUAGCAUACUGCAUACUAGAGCACUGCAGUGGGCUGGGCUGGCCCAGAACCCAAGCCUGACCCCGAGUAUGGGCUGGGCAUGAGUUUCUGUCGGUCAUCCUCUUUUACAUCAUUUCUUUUAAUUCUUUCAUUGGGAAAGUAGAAACUUUGGUCAGUGAUGUGUGGAGGUUAAAAAAUUGCGUAGAAAAUUUUUGGCUUCGAGAUUUGUGAGCUGUGAAAAAAAUAUCAAAUUAUGAAAGCUUAAAAACUGCACUUUCUCAUUAAUUGUUAAUAUCCUGUUUUCUUCAGCCAUUGAGGCAUCGCUGAUGUUAUUAAAUGAACUCUAGGAGGCAUAUUCACUUGUAGUAAAACCACAAAGUUGUAUGUUAUGUUUCAAAAAAUUUCAAGGGGCAGCAAAAUAAAUAUUCGAACAGAGUUUCGACUUUUAUUAGACUAUCCGAGAACCCACAUAUGCACAAGGCUUGCGAGCUGGCACAGGCCUUUGGAAAUGUUAAGAGGACAGCAUGUUUUAUAUUUUUCUUUUUUUUUAAACGAUUUAUCGUUAAAAAAAACUGCUCCAAAUGACAAUUUUUGUGAUUUCUUAAUGUAUGUUGAAUCCUCCGACGUAUUGUGUAGCACCCAAAGGCCGUAUUUAUUGAGUUCUGUUUCAUUUUUUGGGAUGCCCUGUAUAUGAAUGCUUAUACUAAUAUAACUUCAGCAGCAGUACUUUAUUCAGGCAAAUAUGAGUGUCCAUUUAAUCGUACCACACGAUAGUCUAUCCCACUGCUAGAAGUAGUUCUGUGAAGAAUAUAAUGACAAGCCUUGCAGUUACUCCAGUCAUCUCCUCUGGACAUUUCUGUAGUGCAAGUUUUACGUUGUGACGUGGGAGUACCUUUCCUAUUACGUAUGCGUCCGUAUGAAUCUGACUGGUUGGACGGAUCACAUGUUGGACUGUGUUAAGGCGGGGAAGGGCUACGCACCGGGCUAGGGUCGGAUAAGUCUUUGUAGCUUCCGGUACGAGCCAGGUUGGGCCAAUAAACCUAUGCCUGUGCAGUGCUCUAGUGCAUAGUACAGUUUUGGUUACUACAUUCAGUAUUAUUUUCGUACACAAUGUUUUGCAAUAAUGUCGUACACUGAAAUGGGCCUAUAUCCCAUCAGGACACCAUUAUUUCGAUGCGGAAUUUAAGAAAGUGCUAUGCCUUAUCAACUUAAUUUUACUCGUGUCACCCUAAAAUUUAAGCCUAGGUCAGUUUACAUAAUAGACUGAGCCUAUCACUUCAAAUGCUUUUAGUUCGGCAGUAUCAGUUUGUAAGUGUGUUGAAAUUUUAUUUUAUAUUGGGUGCUCCAAUGCUACUACUUACAAUGGUCGAUCUUACAAAGAUUGGGAAAUUCCGUAAAUUUGUCAGCACCCGUCUUUAGUGUGCGCCCUUAGGUCACUCAUGAGUGCCUUGAUCUGUUGCAAAUGGAACUGAACUGCGCAGAGGAUUGUGGCCACACUUUUUAAAAUUAGGUUUAAAAUCCCAACAUAAUUGUGUGUGCUGAAAGAGAAACAUCACCUAGUGAGGUACAACUACUUACAGUAAGUGUUUUUAUGGCUACACUAUGAAACCACACUGUGUUCAUGUAGCAAAGGAUGUGGAACCCCGAUAGUUAUUGGAGCACAAAGUCCAAAAUGAAGCAGGCUAAGGAUGUCCAAACGCUAUGCCAAUGCUUGGAACAUGUGCCGAGCUUGUCCACGCAUGUGAUGGACCAAGAUAAUACAUGCCCGGACCAUGUGAAAUCAUCUGCACAAACAUCUUUGUUAUUGUACUGUCCACUGUGCCAGAGGUGUUCUCUGCACUAUCAUCCCGUUUCGUAUCACUUCCCAAAAUAUUUUUUAUACAGUUAGAAAGUGUUGAACUGUAUGUGGAUGUAUGUAUGUACUUGUGAGAGACAGUUGUUGUAUAGUGAUUGUGUACAUUUAAGAUUUCUCAACUGUAUAUAAGAUGGCACACAAAAAUAAAACUUGUCACUGCAAAAGUA